UGUGGUUUCCUGGAGAAUCCAGGAUGUAAACUUGAAACUCUGAGAUUGAUGGACUGUGGUUUGUCAAAGAUCAGCUGUGAUUAUCUGGCAGCAGCGCUGAAGUCCAACCCCUCCCAUCUGAGAGCGCUGGAGCUGAACUUCAACGAGAAGCUGCAGGAUUCAGGAGUGAAGCAUCUGUGUGGUUUUCUGGAGAGUCCAGGAUGUGGACUUGAAACUCUGAGUUUGGACGGCUGUGGUUUGUCAAAGGUCAGCUGUGAUUAUCUGGCAGCAGCGCUGAAGUCCAACCCCUCCCAUCUGAGAGCGCUGGACCUGAAAUCAAACAAGCUGAAGUAUCCAAAUGUGAAGCAGCUGUUUGAUCUUCAGCAGAGUCCGGACUACAGACUGGAGUGGCUGGCGUGGACCUGAUGAUGUUAAACAGGACGGUGUGUGUGCUGAGAGAGGAGGAGCUGUGUCCUGAUGAUCCAGAGAGGUUGAAGCAGCAGCAGCUUGUGUGUAGAGACGCUCUGACUGGGCCAUGUUACUGGGAGGUGG